AUGUCGAGUCGACCGUUCAAAAGUCGCGCAAGUGUAAAUUCAGGUGCGUCAUUGUACUCUCGCAGUUGUUUUCAGCGACGCAGAUCAGCCAGUUUCCGAACUCCGCUGUCUCACAGUCAGCAGCCUCUAGGAACACACCGACUCUGCUCCCCGAGUUGGAUCGCGACCAGCCUGCACUCAGGCACUGUUCAAGCCGGAAGGCAGGCAGGCAGGCAGGCAGGCAGGCAGGCAGGCAAUUACCUUCGGCUCUGUUGUACUGCCACAUGCGUGCCUCCGGCGCAGAGAAAUAUGGAUGUUUGGAUGCGAGGUGAGAACACCAGCCACAGAAGGCUUCGAGGUACCCCGGUUCACACCAGCUGGCUCUCACUCCAGUACUUUAUCACGUUAUGUCAUCAGAUAGACAGUGCGCGCAUGCGACUCAGUGAGGAGACUUGGCUGAAGAGGAUUCAAAUUCAACUCUCACAAAUGUCAAAUGGCGUCAGCUCUGAAAGCGGAACAGCCCACGGGAGAGGAAUGCUUAUCAACGCCGUCUCAGAAUGCAGACCAACAGUUACAUCACAUUACCUCAUCCUUCACGUGAACUUUGGGAGCAAGAAUCAGGGGGAAUGACAUCACCGGCUGCCUCCUUCCCUGACCAAUGUAGUGAGGAUCUGAAAUGAAAUGACCUCGAUGACAACAAAUACACUCUCGACAAUUUCACCAAUCACUUCUGCAGUCUGCGGAUGACUUGCAUAACGUGCUCUGAGGGAGGCACCGUUCCGAAAAACGUUGGCGAUACCCAAUAAAUCAUUGGAAUGCAUACAUAUUAUGCGACUUUAUUUAAAAUGUACCUCUCCGUUUGCCAGCACCUCUUGACUACUUGGAUGUGCAUCAACUGCUGCUUUUUAUAUAAAGUGCAUUAUGGGGGAAAAGGAUGGAUCCCAAAGGCAAUAAAAACAUUCUUGACACAG